GUUCUUUCUGCUUUAAGACCCUUACCUGGUGAUUCUGUGCUGAGCCAGGCAUGUUUGCAUUUCCUCUGCUGCCUUUCUUCUGGUCAGCUCUUCAGCUUAUUUAUUCAUUUUGUCCUAUACCUCUGAAAACAGCUCAUAAUUGGGUAGUGGGCUGGAUUGUGACAUCAGUAAGCAAGCUGCUUAUCACUGGGAUACCCCCACCCACCUUUUUGUCAUGUUUCCAUCUUGUGGAUUUAUUGGUUGCAGUGCUUUUGUCAUGAUUUAUGGGUGCCCUACUUAAGAUCGUACUUCCUGAAAAUCAAGUUUCUGUUUAGUUGCUUUAAAGUGACACAGCUAGAACCAAUAUUGGUAUUUUAAAAUUAGAGACUAACUUUUCUAAAAUAACUUUGAUCUGAAUCUUAGCUUCAUAAGAAGAAGACAGUGAGGCUUCCACCAGUACUUUAAUGUAUGGAGUCCAAGUUGUUCAUAUGAGCUUUUCCAACCCCUCCCUAUGCUACCGUGUGUGCUUUUACAUUACCUAACAUUGCUUGUCUGUCUGUCUGUCUGUCUGUCUGUCUCUCUCCAUUUAACUCCCCUGUUCUAUUUUUACGUCUGUGUUCCUUCAGACUUGCCCUUCCAAAGCUGUGACCUCUCCUCCUUUCAUGAGUAUUUACAUCUUUCUACCAUUCCAAGUCUCCACAGAAACACUAUUUCUUACUGCAUUUUACUAAAUUCAUGAGAACCUUUUUGGGUUAGUGGGGUAUAAACUUUAAUAAAUUGACUUGUGUGUUCAACGAUGUGAAUAUAUAUAUAUAUUUCCUGACAAGGCUGCAGCCUGCUUUUAAGUAGCAUAAUAAGGGGAACUGUCUGUGAAGCAUAAUGUGAAUGUACACUGCCAUGUAAAUAAUAAGUAAUGCACACCUGCAGAUGAGGAUCCCGUGAGAUUUGUAGUGCUCUGACUGAGAGUUGCUGGGAUGACCUUCAGGGCUUGAAAAUCUGAACUGAUAGACAAGAUCUGUCACACUGGCAUCUGAUCAGACAGUCGUGUUAGCCGAAAAGAUUGCGCAGUGUUGUUUUGUUUGUCUUUUUUACUUGCCUGCACUGGGGAAACAGCAUUGUUACUUAUCUGCUUUCUUGGUGGCUUCAGACACCUGUUCUAGAGAUGAGAAAUCCUUGGUGCUGUCUCCUCCAGUAUGGACAGCAACAAGUACAUGGAUGACCCACUUCCCAAAGGCAAGAGACUGAGGCUGACUAGUGAACAUCACUUGCACUUAGAGCCAGAUCCUAUGCAUUUUUACUUUAAAAUGACCACAUGGAAAAUAUAUCGGGCUAUUUAAUGAAAUACACAAAUCUUGUCACAGGCUGGCAGUACCGGUAUUUUGUCUUGAACAAUGAAGCUGGUCUCUUGGAAUAUUUUGUGAAUGAACAGCUGAGAAACCAGAAGCCCAGGGGUACAUUACAGCUGGCUGGAGCUGUGAUCUCUCCUAGUGACGAAGACUCUCAUACGUUCACAGUGAAUGCAGCUAGUGGAGAACAAUAUAAGCUGCGAGCUACUGAUGCCAAAGAACGGCAGCAUUGGGUCAGCAGGCUUCAGAUAUGCACACAGCACCACACCGAAGCAAUUGGAAAGAACAAUCCUCCUCUGAAAUCUCGCAGCUUCUCUCUUGCAUCGCAAGGAAGUGGCUCCCCUGGUUUGCAGAGAAGACCCAGCCAAAAUGCAGCUUCCUUUUUUAAUGUUGGGCAUCACAAGCUGCCAGCUGGGAGGAGAAUUCCCAUUUUGCAGCCAGAUCAUUUAAUCGAUGUACGAGAGAUGAUGUCGCAAGCUGAGGGACAGCAGAGAGACUUGAUAAGGAACAUAGAAUGUCUUCCUUCCUCUGGCCAUCUUUCUUCCUUGGACCAAGACCUGCUGAUGCUCAAGGCAACGUCUAUGGCCACAAUGAAUUGCUUAAAUGAUUGUUUCCACAUUCUUCAGCUCCAGCAUGCGUCGCAACAAAAAGGGUCCUUACCUACUGGGACAACUAUCAGUUGGUUGGAACCAAAGAUCUCCUUGCCAAACCACUUCAAAAAUGGAGCAGAUCAGAAUUUUUCAGCAGAUGAAAACAAGCCAUCAUCGAUCAGAGAGGAGCAGUCCAUUUCAGGUUCCAGUCAGCUAACCAGGGAACCAGAGGAAAUAAACCCAGAUGAGGAGAUAGAGGACACAUGUGAACUUAAAGAGGAUGACCUUGGAGCCGUGGAAGAACAGCGUAGCGUUAUCUUGCACCUCCUGUCUCAACUCAAACUUGGCAUGGACUUAACAAGAGUGGUACUCCCCACUUUUAUAUUAGAGAAACGCUCUUUGCUGGAAAUGUAUGCUGACUUCAUGUCCCACCCAGAUCUCUUCAUUGCGAUUUCCAGCGGCAGCAGCCCUGAGGAGAGGAUGAUCCGUUUUGUUGAAUAUUACCUCACUUCCUUUCAUGAAGGUCGCAAAGGGGCGAUAGCGAAAAAGCCAUACAACCCUAUCAUCGGGGAAACGUUUCACUGCUCGUGGAGGAGCCGAGUACCAUCUGACACGAGUAGUAACUCUUCGUCCCAUUCCCUCUCUGAGCAAGGGACUGUCUCAGAAGAGUCCCAGGAACAAGCAGAGUCGGACUACCACACAGUCAGAUUUGUAGCAGAACAAGUGUCCCAUCACCCUCCAGUCUCAGGGUUUUAUGCUGAAUGUGUAGAAAGGAAUAUGUGUGUCAAUGCUCACGUCUGGACUAAAAGUAAAUUCCUAGGAAUGUCAAUAGGAGUGACUAUGGUUGGCGAAGGUAUUUUAAGUCUCUUGGAACAUGGAGAGGAAUACACGUUUUCUCUGCCUUGUGCAUAUGCUCGGUCAAUUCUGACUGUCCCUUGGGUAGAACUGGGAGGAAAAGUCAGUGUUAAUUGUGCAAAAACGGGAUACUCUGCAAGUAUUACUUUCCAUACCAAACCAUUCUAUGGUGGCAAGCUUCACCGGGUUACUGGUGAGGUGAAACAGAAUGCUACCAACACUGUUGUCUGUAGAGUGCAAGGUGAAUGGAAUAGCAUCCUUGAAUUCACCUACAACAAUGGAGAGACAAAAUGCAUGGACUUGACGAAGCUGUCUGUCACAAGAAAACGAGUCCGACCCAUUGAGAAACAAGGGCCAUUUGAGUCCAGGAAGCUGUGGCAACAUGUGACAGAGUCUCUGAGGGACGGGGACAUUGAUAAGGCAACAGAGCAUAAGAAAGCACUUGAGGAACGGCAGAGAAAUGAAGAACGACUGCGGGCUGAGACAGGAGAACCGUGGCAAACUAAGUACUUCGUCAAAGAUGGAGAUGGCUGGGUUUAUUAUAACCCUCUUUGGAAAAGAAUGCCUGCUGUCCAAAAUCAACCAGCAGACACAAACUAGAUGACAUUUCUUCAAAAUUAUUCUUCUCUUUUGUUCUAAUCCCUACAACUUCCAAAAUGCUGUGUCUCACUAACAGUCCUUUGGGAUUUUUAUACAAUUGCACAAAAUUAAGUAAGCAUAAUGGAAUAAACUACCAGGGCACUUUAAAGUUGCAGAAAAUCAAAAGAUAGCAAGAGAGAACCUUGCCAGGUAUGUCUUCUCCCCCCCACUUCAAAAAAUUUUUAUAUGGCACUGAAGAUUUUAUCUGAACUGUGUAUUGUAUUCUUUCUAAGCACACACUUCUGCAAAAGCUGCCUAAGAUGUUUUAUAUACAUAUAUAUAUAUAUAUAUAUAAAAUCUUCUAGAAACAGUAGCAUUCAGAGCUGCUAUGCUGUUCUGCCCAAGUGGAAUUGCUUCUGGAGUAAUAGCUGAAUUGCUUCUGGAGUAAUAGCUGAAUCUGUGCUCCAUUUUCCACUUGUUUCUGAACUACUCAGUGCCCGUAUAGAGAAACACCUUUUGCUGCUCUGAAUUAUUAUUCUCGCUGAAAACCUUGAAGAGGAAGCUCUUCAAAAGUUGACCUUGGAAUCAGUGUUAUUGAACUGUCUGGAUCAGGACUUGACACUUCUUUUUAAAAUUAUUCUUCGGAGGCAAUGUGUGCAUGGCUCUGGAAGAAUGAGAUAGUCGUGUAAACCACACCUUUUUUAAAAACAACAACAACAAAAACCCCACAACAUUCUAAAGUAGAUUGGAAUUGUAACUGUGGGGUGUUUCCUAUAUGUGAAAGAGUUGUGGAGAGAAAGGUGGGAGCAGAAGUGUAAAAUUCAGAACAAUUUUUAGCUCUAGAAUUUCCCUUAACCUCCUGCCAGCUUCAUUUCCUUAGCAAACUGCUGUAAAUACCCUGAAGAUGUUCUGUCUCUUAAGAGACUGAAGCUCAGACCUGACUGAUGUAUCCUUUUUAAAAUAUAUAUAUAUAUACUUUGCCCCCACUCACCGUUCACCAUGGAUCACCUCUGAGACAGAGUCAGUGUUACAGGUUGCCCAGGCAAGUGAUUUCAUUUGUCUUCUGUGUAAGUUCCGAGUCAAACAUCUUUGUGUGCCCGCUGAGUACAAAGACCGUCACUUUGGUUUUUCUACAACACCUGAGAAGGCUUGUUUUUUUGUUUUUGCUAUGGGACUACAUACAAAACCAGUUGCAAUCUGAUACCGGAAAACCAUGUUCAGGUAAAAACGUCCAUUGUUUUUUAUGAUACCGAUAUUUUAUUGAAGUCUAAGAAUUGCUGGCAAUUAAGAAUAGUACUGAUUUAUGGCUUUCAUUCUUGUUACUACAAGCUACCUUAAUUUUUCUAAGAGUGGUGCCUUACUCUGUUUCUUCUGAUGUAGUCUUCCAAUCAGUGUAUAUACCAUUAUCUGUCAUCUUCUGGUUUGUGUCAACAGUGGGGUCUCUCCCUGCCAUCAUGAAAACCUUCAAACUCUGUGUGUGCUGGUCAAGUGUGUUUAGUUUUUUUCUUCCAUAUUAAGGGAAAAGGUUAUCCGAAUGCACCCGAGGGUGGUUAAGUAAUCACCCUCAUUUUCCACAAAGUCUGAAAAGUGUUUGGGGAAAAUUGGGGGGGGGUAUGCACAUGUGUUAAGAUUCCCUUGUACUUUUUUUUUGCUGUGAAAUGCACUGAAAUCUUAAUGCGACUAGUGUACAAUUCCAUGUGUGAGAAAUGGGGAGGGAAGGAAAUAAAGCUACCAAAUGGAA